AUGGCGACCGAUGGCUCUCCUCCCUCCAGGUAUCCCCCAUCAAUGGGGCCUGGGGCUCGACCCGUCAAUAAGCCUGGAGAAUCAGAAACAAGAUCGAAGUUGCUGGAAGUCAUACAGGCACGGUCCAAAUACCAGGUGUCUGUCGAAUCGGAUACGCUGUCUCUAAGCUACGAACUCAACAAUACACCACGCCUCUACCGCCUCUCAUUUGACAAUAUGCCUCUGCAUGGUCUUUCAAGAUGGUGGGUAUAUGGUGGAUCUAUGAGGGCGCGGAGGGCAGGUGUCCUAGCUAUCGACCUCAUACGUGGCUCCGAAAACGUGGUACAGAGACCUGUCACCCAACAAGAGGCGGAAGCUCUGACAUAUUGGACUUCGCGAAGGCUCCUUUACGGUUCCGUGGCCACGUUCGCUUCCUCGGCCUUUGGUUUCUACCUGGCUUACAGAGGUCGCGCCAAGAUGAAGUUCCCUUUCGUCUCAGCAAAGCCUUUGGAGCGGUACAACAAGUUCCCUCUUCAACAGAUGCCUCUUAUAACCGGUCAAUUGGCUCAAACAGCCUGGCAAGUGACAAGGUAUAUCAUCUGGAUAGAGCUGUGUUUCCUGGUCGGCACCCCCGUCGUUGGAGCUUUAGGUAGUUUCAGUGCAGCCACAGGGAUGGCUACCGAUCCGCGGACCCAAGGGCUCAUCCAGGCAAUGCGAGAAAGAGGACGUGGCGACAUGAAUCGAACACUCUCAAAUAUCCCGAUGGAAUGGCCUCAGCAGCCUCAAGGGCAAGAUGAUGGCCGAGACGCACAACCCGAUCCCCAGGCAUAUUACAGAGAUAUGGAAAGCGGCAGUCAUCCAGAUGGCUCCGUCAUCGAUCGCAACUUCGAUGGUGACGGCAGCGGAGCGAGCGACACUGGUAUGCUGGAUGACUCUAGAGUAACGGAUCGUGAGAGAAAACAGCAGCAAGGAUAUCAAACACCGCAGCCAUCACGGCAGAUGCAGGACAAUACAUCCGCCACCUCCUCAGCCGACGGCGAUCCCUUCUUCUUUGACGAUGCAUCCCCUACCGCCGGAAACGACCCGGAUAUGGCCACGCCGUCAUCUUACAAGCGGUCCGGAGGCGGGAGCGUCUGGGAGCGCAUUCGAAGGGGCAAUUCUCCUUCGUCCGCCAACUCGUCAACAGCGCCCUCCGACGCCGAACUUCGCCGUCAAAGACUCGAAACCGAACGAGCUCGUGAAGCCCGUGCGAAUCCGAUGGCAGAACGCGACUGGGAAAGCGAUGAAAGCGUCCCGUCCAACAAUGAGACAAGGUUUGGUAGGGACGGGCGUGCCAGAGAACAAGCGCAACGGGAAUUUGACGAGAUGCUGGAAAGGGAAAGGAGACAGAGCGGGAGCGCCGAGUACGACAAGGGAAUGGCAGCUGUAGAGUCAGGCGAGGAAAGAAGGUCAGGGGAAGGGAUGAGUGCGUGGGAGAGAAGGCGGAGGGGCGAUUGA